AGCUAUUAUUUACAUCUAAUGCUCUCAAUAAUGAAUAACUUAAUAGUUAGACGAUACGGAAACAGUGUUGCUAUGUCUCAACUUCUGGUAGCAGUAGUGAUCUUACUUCUACUGAAAACGGGUAAACCCUUAGAGUGUAAAAGGAAAGAAUUUCUCACCAAUACGCCUGAGGUUUUAAGCAAUUGCUACCGGGAGUGCGGAUAUUCAUCUAAACCAAUGGUAUGCGAAUAUAAAUUUAACGUCGAAUGGCACCAAACUAUGUCAGGUUAUUGUGGGGAAUGUCCGUUUAAGAAGGAAGACUGUGAUCUCGAAAAGUGUGUGCCUGUUGACGGGUCUUCAAGACCUGUGAUAACUGUAAAUGGAUCUUUUCCAGGACCAAGCAUUAUGGCUUGCGAAGGUGAUACAAUACGAGUGAAGGUAACAAACAACUUACAAUCCGGUGCUGGAGUAACAAUGCAUUGGCACGGGAUUCAUCAAACUAACACUAACUGGAUGGACGGCGUCCCGCGUGCGACGCAAUGCGCAAUUGCAGGCGGGUCAUCGUUUGUCUACGAGUUCAUUGCUGAGCCUGCUGGAACACAUUGGUGGCACUCACACGCAGGUUACCAGAGGGCAAGUGGCGCUUCAGGCCCAUUGAUUGUGAGGAAAUCUCGAAAAACAGAGUUCAACAGCGAAGCGUAUGAUUUCGAUCUACCGGAACAUACCAUAACGAUAACAGAUUGGGCUGAUAUGACAUCGUUAGAAAUUGAACUUAAAGUUAGCAUUCCCGCUUUAAUUCCUAGAUUUCAGACAGUUACUAUCCUGAUGAAUGGUAAAGGAGAAAAACAUGAAUUUUUGGACGAAACUGGUCAAGUAUUUAAAACACCGAGACAAAUAUUUGAAGUUGAAGCAGGAAAGAGAUAUAGAAUACGAUUAAUAGGCGCAUUUAUAGCAGCAUGCAUGACGUCAUUUCACAUUGAAAAACAUAGCAUGACGAUUAUUAGUACUGACGGCGGAGAAACAAUCCCUUACGAAACUGAUUACUUACCGAUAGGUCAGGGAGAAAGGUACGACUUCGUGCUACAUGCCAACGCAGUGCCAUCAACGUAUUGUAUAUAUGCAUCUGGUUACGGAAAUAGCUCGUGCAAUAACGAAAGUGCAACGUUCAUCCUGAAAUACAAAUCUAGUCCUUUGGAUAAUCCAACAUGCGCAUUAAAUGCUGUAGAUCAUGCACCGCAAUAUAUGGGGAAUCUUUCGAAAGGGACGUUCUCUGCAAUAGACGUUGUUUCUUCAGGUGGUAGAAAUUAUAUUACUUAAUACUGAUGGAGACGCUAUACAACAUCCAAUGCAUAUGCAUGGUGGCAGCUUCCGACUCAUUGGACUAAAUUCAUUUCACACUAAAAUGAUGACACUCGAAGGCGUCAUUCAACUCGACAAACAAGGUGGUCUGUUCAGAAAUUCUCCUGUCAAAGCUGCAUUAAAAGAUACAGUAAUGGUGCCUUCUAAUGGAUACGCCAUCUUAAGGAUGAAGGCAGAAAAUCCCGGUUACUGGUUCUUUCAUUGUCAUACUAUGAAUCACGG